AUGGCUUCUAAAUUUGAAGUGAGUGACCUUGGGAGGUUGACAUACUACCUCGGGAUGCAAGUUAAUCAACAUCAAGAUGGAAUCACUUUGAGUCAAGCCCGAUUCGCUCACAAGAUUUUAGAAGAAACAAGAAUGUCACAAUGCAAUAAUGUUCUUAUACCUAUGGAACCAGAGUUGAAGUUAUCUAAAGCUGAGAAAGAAAGAGAGAUCAAUGCAACAACUUAUAGAAAGAAUGUUGGAUGUCUAAGGUAUCUGCUACAUACUAGACCGGACCUUUCAUAUUGUAUAGGGAUACUCAGUCAUUAUAUGCAGAGUCCAAGGGAGUCACAUGGAGCAGCCAUGAAACAAUGCUUAAGAUAUCUUAAGGGAACCACCAAUCUCGGUCUAUCUUAUGGAAGGAUGAAGGGGCCUCGGUUAAUAGGUUAUGGCGACAGUAGCCAUAACAUUGAUGCAAACGAUGGAAGGAGCACCUCAGGACAUAUCUUUUAUCUUGGAGACAGUCCUAUCACUUGGUGCUCACAGAAACAAGAUUUAGUAACUCUAUCUUCCUGUGAAGCAGAGUUCAUGGCUGGGACAGAGGCGGCGAAGCAAGCCGUUUGGUUACAGAAUUUACUGGUUGAGAUCACUAGAGCUGCAGAAUAG